UUAUCUCUGUCCUGAAAAAUAGUCUUAUCUUUUCAUAUGCAACGGUCAUCCUGUUAGUUAAUAAAUGAGCAACGUCUAACGUAUUUGUGGCCUUCAAGAGUUUUUUGUUCACUCUGUUGUUUUACAUAAGAUCAUUUUUUAGAUUUCCAGCAUGUACCACUUAAAUAAAUGUGUCUACUCUUUUUUUAAAUUUGGAUUUGUAGGUAUAAUAACAGAUUGGCCUCAACUGCACAUAUUGGCUCAAAAGCUUGUGACAGCUGUCUGUCGUGGAAAAAGAAACAACAGCACACAGUUGUUAGUUUACCUUGGAGCUUCUGAGACCACAGAUGAGUUGUUUCUCACCUUCACUGGCUUUUAUUCAAGGACUUUUCAAAGUGGAGCCAUACAACAGCACAUUCACUUAUCUUUUUUUUUUUUUUUUGCAUAUGGUCUCAUGUCUAAAAGUUGGUUGUAUAACUCUACACUAUUUGUAUAUUGUGGCUUGCCAACAACAGGGCAGAAGUGGGCAAACAAGAAAAUAGGAGCAUGAUAAGAUAAUAGAUUUGGGCUGAUGCUUAGUGCCAAGAGGUAAGAACAGAGUGUGAGGACCCAGAUGGGGUCAGCCGGUGGCAGGUUGAGCGCAUUGGGGCUGGUGGGGUAUAAAUAUGAGCUGGGUUGUUUCCAGGUGUUUUCUGAUCAUUCACCAGACACAAUGAGACUGCUGGCUCUGCUGCUGAUGGUUGGAGCUGCUGUGGCAGUUCCCCGUGAGGAUGGACGGAUCAUUGGCGGGCGGGACUGUGAGCCUCACUCUCGUCCAUACAUGGCCUCCCUCAACUAUGGCUACCACUUCUGUGGUGGGGUGCUCAUCAACAGGCAGUGGGUGCUCUCUGUUGCCCACUGUUGGUACAAUCCCUAUGCUAUGCAGAUCAUGCUGGGAGAACACGAUGUGCGAGUGUUUGAGGGUACUGAGCAGCUCAUGAAGACCGACACCAUCAUCUGGCACCCUAGUUAUGACUACCAGACUCUGGAUUAUGACAUCAUGCUGAUCAAGCUCUUCCACCCUGUGGAGGUGACUGAGGCGGUCGCACCCGUCCAAUUGCCCAGAGGGUGCCCAGUUGCGGGGCUCCCCUGUUCUGUGUCUGGCUGGGGAAACACUGCCAUGGGUGACGAAGUGUUCUUACCCUACCGCCUGCAGUGUUUGGACGUGCCCAUAAUUGACGAACAGGCCUGUGAGAAUGCCUAUCCUGGCAUGAUCUCACCCAGGAUGGUGUGUGCUGGAUACAUGGAUGGAGGCAGAGAUGCGUGCAAUGUGAGUUUUAUAGUAAAUGUUUCCAAGGGUUUACUGGGCUCAAAGCUCUGUAUGUGCAGGAGAAUUAAUCACUGUCUACCGACACUGUGUUUAUCAGGGCGACUCUGGCAGCCCUCUGGUGUGUCAUGGAGAAGUCCACGGCCUGGUGUCAUGGGGUAUGGGAUGUGCCCAGCCUAACUACCCUGGCGUCUACGUCAAAGUGUGUGAGUUCCUCUACUGGAUUCAAGACGUCAUGGCAGCCAACCCCUGAAGAAAUCACCGGUUUUCCCUCCUCACUUCUUCCAUUUGCUUUCCUCUUUUCCCUGCCCUGUAUGUUACCAUUCAUCCCUAUUUUCUGCCCCAACUUUUAUUUUUCUGUCUUUCUCUGGUGCCUUGUCUCCUUUGAAGUUCUCUCCUUCACACACCCAGACUCAACAAAUAUGU